CAGUUUCUAAAAACACUUUUUUCACCCAUCCAGAAAGUUCCGGGCCCUAUACUCAACAAAAUUACAUCAUGGCCGUUUACUCUGUCAGUACUAAGGGGAGCAAGCCAUCACUUCGCGGACAGGCUACAUAAAGAAUAUGGCCCUAUCGUCGUAUUGGCACCGGACAUGAUCUCCAUCUCCGACCACGCUGAGGUGAAGCGCAUCAUCCAGACGCAGGACUGGCACAAGUCAGAAGCUGUCUAUGGCAACUUCAGGCAGGAUCCCAGGCGUCCCACGCUGAUUGCUUUUACCGACAAAGCUGCCUAUUCAGUGCGGAAGCGCAUGAUCUCGUCCAUGUUCGGCAUACGUUAUAUCCGCAGUAUGCAACCACUGAUGCUAGAAUGCAUCAACGUUGCUGUCGAUAAGCUCGAUGCACAAUGUGGAAAGCAGCCCGUUGAGGUGGACAUGCAGCAUCUCAUCCAGAGUUUGGCUGUCGAUAUUAUUGGUGUCACCACAUUUGGUCAGAGCUUCAACGUCGUACAGAACGGCUCACACCCGCUGCCGGACCAGAUAAAAAAGGCGUUGAAGUUAGCUGGCGUGCUGAUGCUGGUCCCGUGGAUCCGAAACAUUCCUUUCCUGCCGGCUCGUGAUCCCUAUGUCGACAAGUUUACGUCCGAUGCCGUGGAAAAUCGCAGGGCAAUCCUCAAGGCGAGCAACAAGCGGGAUUUGCUGCAGAAGCUCGUAGAAGCGGGCGAUGAUUCCGAGGACUCCGUCUUUCGCCGAUCGGACAUUCAAGAUGAGGCUGUUAUCUUGUUGACUGCGGGCAGUGAAACCACAGCCAACGCGGAAAUUUUCACCCUCAUCAUGCUGACGAAAAACAAGGAUAAGAUGGCCAAGCUUGUGGCCGAGGUCGACAAGUGGUAUCCGCCGUCAGACCCUGACAAGGUUGUUGAUUGCGAGUAUAGCUUUACGGGAAUGACCUACCUUCAAGCUUGCAUCGAUGAGACGAUGCGCCUUGUGCCCGGCCAAGCGACGGGCAGCCCUCGUGAGUGUCAGAAAGAGGAGAAGGUUUUAGGCUACAGCAUCCCCAAGGGGACCACCGUCUUCCCAUGCACCCAGAAUGUUCACAUGGAUGAGAAGGUCUGGCCUCACGCAACCGAAUUCUUGCCGGAGCGCUGGCUGGACAUUUAUGCUGGAGGAAAGGUGAACGAAGUUCCCUUUUGGCCCUUCUCCGCCGGUAGUCGCGUGUGUAUCGGAAAGCAUUUCGCGUUGCAGGAGAUGCACAUGACGCUGGUCAGCCUUUUCCGGCGCUUCGAGUUCGAGUAUGUGCCUGGGCAGGAUGAGACUACAGUGUUUCGGGUUGCGCAGCAGCUUCAAGCUCAUCGAUACAUGAUUAAGGUGAAGCGCCGCAGCUUCUAA